AAUGACAACAUAAAAAGAGGGAUAGAAAAACAAUUGACUUAAUUUUGGCGUAUCAUUCUAUAAAGUUAUCAUUCUCACAUCCGAAAGGAAUCUUAAAAAUGGCAAAUUUGAGUGGAAUUGAGACUUUGUAUAAAGAGUUAAAAACCGAAUGGUCCAAAAAACCUCAAAAUCUAAAGAAAUGUGGACAAUUGUUGGAUGUUUUAAAGGUCGAGCUAACCAAAUUAGCUUUCCUGCCCACUGGCGAUACAAAAACAAGCAAAAAUGAAAUGAUUUUAGCUCGUGAUGUUCUCGAAAUUGCCGUGGAAUACAGCGUCGCAAAUAAGGACAUACCGGCAUACGAAAGAUACAUGUCUCAGCUAAAAUGCUAUUAUUAUGAUUACAAGCAAAAAAUUGGAGAGUCCGAAAAUAUGUACAAAUUAUUGGGAAUAAAUCUGCUUUACUUGCUGUCUGUAAAUCGAGUUUCCGAAUUUCACACAGAAUUGGAGCUGUUAUCGGCCGACACUAUCCAAAAUAACAAAUAUAUUCGCCCUAUAUUGGCAUUGGAGCAGUACAUAAUGGAAGGACGUUAUAAUAAAAUUUUCCAAGCAAAGAGUUCAGCACCUUCGGAAAUAUAUAACCACUUCAUGGAUAUUCUACUUAACACCGUACGUGAUGAAAUCGGGGCUUGUAUAGAAAAAUCUUAUGAAAAGAUAUCUGCUAAAGAAGCAGCGAAACGCUUGAAUCUCAAUUCUAUUGAGGAGGUCAAAAUAUUUGGCCAAAAACGGAAUUGGAAUUUGGGGCCUGAUGGAGUUUACAAUUUUGUGGAAAAAACUGCCAAGCCUAAAGAAGUAUUACCAUCAGUUGAGUUGGCAGAGCAAGCUAUUUUUUAUGCUCGCGAAUUAGAAAUGAUUGUUUAAUUGUAAUUAAUAUUAAAAUAGUUUGUACUAAUCUGGGAGAUAAAUAUAAUAACUUCCUAUAA